CCAUUUGUGGAGGUCAGAGGUCGCGGCGUCAAGUUUGCUUCAGCCCUCAUCAAACAUGGCGGAGAGCGAGCAGCAGACAGGUACUUCUACUGAAGAUGACGGGCCUCCCAUAUCUGCCAAGUUCAACUUCAUGGUGCCAAAGAAGGAGAUCAGCAUGGUGCCUGAUAUGGGCAAAUGGAAGAGAUCUCAGGCGUAUGCAGAUUACAUGGGAUUCGUUCUGACUCUGAAUGAAGGGGUGAAAGGAAAGAAGCUCACAUGUGAAUACCCAGUUUCAGAGACAGUGGAGAAGCUGCUGUCACUGUUGGGAACUUUAGAUCGCUGGAUAGAUGAAACUCCACCUGUAGACCAGCCUUCACGCUUUGGCAAUAAGGCAUAUCGCACCUGGUAUGCCAAAGUAGACCAGGAUGCUGAGGCUCUGGUCUCUACACUGCUCCCCCCUGACGUCAGUGCUGCUGCUCCUGAGAUCGCCGUGUACCUGAAGGAGGCUGUAGGCAACUCUACCAGAAUUGAUUAUGGCACAGGUCACGAAGCUGCCUUUGCUGCAUUUCUUUGCUGUCUCUGUAAAGUGGGAGCGCUCAGAGUGGACGACCAGCUGGCCAUCGUUUUUAAAGUCUUUGACAGGUAUCUGCGGGUGAUGCGGAAGCUGCAGAAGACGUAUAGGAUGGAGCCGGCGGGCAGCCAGGGCGUGUGGGGGCUUGAUGACUUCCAGUUUUUGCCUUUUAUAUGGGGCAGCUCACAACUCAUAGACCACCCUACCUUGGAGCCCAGGCACUUCGUGGAGGAGAAGGUGGUGAACGAGUACCACCAGGACUACAUGUUCCUAGAGUGCAUCAAGUUCAUCAACGAGAUGAAAACCGGCCCCUUUGCUGAGCACUCUAACCAAUUGUGGAACAUCAGCGCUGUCCCUGUUUGGUCCAAAGUCAACCAAGGCCUUGUACGAAUGUACAAAGCUGAAUGUCUAGAGAAGUUUCCUGUCAUCCAGCACUUCAAGUUUGGCAGCCUGCUUUCCAUCCAGCCUGUUAAACCAUGAACGAGUGGCGGCAGGAACAGCCACUCGGAGACCACAACCAAAACUGGAGUCCCAGAACAAACCCUCUGAGUCCCCCUUAGCCACAAGCACCAAGCCCCAGUAUUCACCCACCAUGCGAAACUAUUUAAUAGAUGUGCCUACAAUCUGAAUCCACCUUCUAACAUCAAGCCAACAUGGCGGCUACCCCUUUUAAAUUAUGGAUUCAAUUUUGUUUUGUUGAAUUUUCUCCCUGCUGCGAGCUGACAAUUCAGUGCCCCCUCCCGACCCCAAAGAAAAAUUCUAACAGUUAUAGUGUUCUGUUUUAGGCCUAAGUAUAGUCAAUGGCGCAAUAGGACUUGUGCAUACUCAUGAUCUCCAGCAUUCUUAUUUAUUUAUGUAAAUGUACUUACGAGGAGUAGCGCUUGCCUGAAUGGAUACGUAGAGGCUUGGUUUUUGGUUUUGAUGCUGAAGAAAGCAGGCACUUUGUCAAUUUUCCCCAUUUAGAGUGUGUAAUGAUCUUUGACAAAUGGAUGAAUUGUGUGGGUGUGCACGUACGUCUGUCUCCAAAGGGACGGUGUUUGUUUGUUUGUUUUUUUUGUACGGCUUUCUUGGCUUGUUCACCACUUGCUGGAGCCUGUAUUUGCUGUGAAUGUAAGUGUGCAAGUGUGUAAUGCUCAAGUGUCAUUUUGUCACAGUCUGACAUUAAUAACCUGUCAACUAUUUUAGUCUUAUGUGUCUGUAAUGCUUAAUUCUUCCUAAAACUGAAGUAGUGCAAAUGAUUACACCUUGACCAAGAACCUUCCAUUCAGAAGCUCAAACUUCAUACUGGCUUUAUCGACGGCAGCUGUUGGAUUAGAGGAAGCACACUGGAUGGCAUCCAGAUUUCAUGCUGUGUAAAUAAAUGGUUUUAAGUUAA